AUGAUACACUCGGUCAUUAUCUUCAACACGAGCGGUGUCCCCCGCCUAACGAAGUUCUACUCGCCCAUCUACAAAUCCCCGCACACCCUCGUCCAACGAAUAUACACACUAGUAGCAGCGCGCACACCGGGACAAUGCAACUUCCUCGACGCACCGGAGCUGGAAGAGUUCUUGGGCGACGCGCGUGAUCCCGCUGGGGAGAGGUUGCGCGUUGUGUAUAGGUCGUAUGCGACGUUGCAUUUUGUGUUCGUUGUGGAUGCGAGUGAGAGCGAGCUUGGGAUUUUGGAUCUGAUUCAGGUCUUCGUUGAAUCGUUGGACCGCGCGUUCGAGAACGUAUGCGAGCUGGACCUCGUCUUCCACUUCGACGAGGCACAUCAUAUCCUAUCUGAGAUAAUCCAAGGUGGCCUCGUGAUCGAAACGAAUCUCGAAGAGAUAGACGCAGCCGUGCGGCAAGCCUCUCAGGCUCGGAAGCAGUCUUUCUCAUCCGCGAACCCUCUCGCACUUGGCGGCGUGGGGGGCGGCGUCGGUCCACGCAGCGCGGGCUUACAGACGCCUCUAAAUUGGUUAUCUGGGAAGCUCGGGGUGGCUCGGUAA